ACAUAUGCACAUAUCUUCGACUCUUAGGAAAUUGUUUUGGAAACUUCUGAAUUAUCGAUAUAGCAAAAUAAUAAAUAUUUGCCGCUUUUAGUUCUGUAGUGGCAUUUUGCUCAGCAAAGAUAUAAUAACAAUCUAGAGGCAAUAUGGUAAUUACUAACGAUAUCUCUUUGCCCACUGAUGAAGAGUUAACAGUGCAAGAGUUGAAUUUGUCCACUUCGGCCCUUCGAGCUGGUGCAUUUCAUUUAGGGAAACAUUGUGAAAAUCAGAAUAAUGAAUUUAUGCUAUGUCGACAAGAGUUAGACGACCCCCGGGCAUGCAUUAAUGAAGGCAAAGCAGUAACUAGCUGCGCUUUGGACUUUUUCCGGAAAGUAAAAAAGACUUGCCAUGAAGAGUUUCUUCAAUAUGCAACUUGUUUAGACAAAAGCAGCGGCAAUAUGGCUUUUGGACAUUGCCGAAAGACACAAGGUGUUUUUGAUAAAUGCGUAUCCGAUAAUUUAGGUAUUGAUCGUCCUGAAUAUGGCUACUUUACUCGAGCAAAGAUUCACUCCACUGAACGUGAAGCUCCUGCUAAACCUAUAAAGAAGGAAUAUCCUGAUGCUACACCUGGUCUGCCAGAUGAUUACCCAAAGCCUCCAGCCAAAUAUGGAUCCCGUUUUCAUUGGCUGGAAUAAACUACAAUCACUGUUAUAUAUCACUGCGUCAGUCUUUAGUAAAAAUACGGUGUGUAAAUAGUGAAUUCUCAGAUUAAUGCAUAUUUGAUUGUUAUUGAGAAAGGGAAUAUGUCAUAUAUGGAAAAAAAUAUAAUUCAAUAAUUAAUUAACUA